CGUCUUCAAUGCAGCUCCUUGGAUCGCUGGCAGACAUGUUUUUCCAAACGUUGGCCGUCCUCACCGUGUGUUCCGCUCUCGGAACGCGGUCCAGCCAGAGAUGCAGACCCUCUUUUUGCCGGGACGAGCCUGAAUGCUGCCCUGGGAGGAACGCCAGCGCUUGUUGCGAGCCCUCGGAGGACGGCGCCUACGGCCACGUCGCUACGGUUACUCGCAAGCUCUCCGGUGUUCUCAUCAUGCUUCUUCUCUUUGCCUUGGGAUACUCGGUCCAGCGUGUGUUGUGUUCCCGAUCGCGCCAGCUGAGCCCGGACGACGGCGGACGCCCGGCCGUCGCCGCUUCCCGGGAGCUGCUGAUGGAGAGCUCCACGCCGGACAGCCUCACGGAUGGCGGAACCAUGGCUUAUCUGCCCACGUAUGACCAGUGCAAGCAUCUACCCACUUACGAGGAGACGGUAGGGUAUGGACAAGCUCAUUCCUCAUUGAUGCUGCAAGAUGACUUGAAUGGCUUUCUGCUCAUCUUGAUGAAUAUUUCACCAAUACCUGAUGGCAGAUCCAGAAUAAACCAGUAAUAGCUUUUGUUUCGGUGCUGUAUAAACCCUCGAGGCAUGUCAUGUAGUAACUUGCCAUUUUAUUGAUUGCACAAGCACCGUUCAUAAUUCACCUUGCAGGCUUUGGAGAAGCAUUCCACGACUGAAAUAUUGAAUAUAAGUUUCCAAUAUCUGUGUUUAGUCGUUGUGAUCAUUAUUAUUUUUUAAACAUU